AUGCUCGCCCUCGAUGCUCUCAAUCACAAGCAGCCUGGUCUCUCCGAUCAUCAGGAGGUCCACAAGGCACAACGGCUGUUCGGCGCGGACAAUGCAGUGGCAGACAGGUGGAAGACUUACGGCAAGCCGAAACGCGAAAGCUCGAGCCAGGCGUUUUUCUUCAUGUAUCAGAUGAAACUGCUCAACACACUCGGACUUGUGAAGUCGGUAUGCAGGCCGUGGGGGACGCUUCCGCACGGCAAUGACUUUGCCUACCAUUUCCACAAGAUUGCAACAACGAACAGCAUAAAGCUCCUGCAGUGCUACGAGUCUGUGUUCCGCAGCAUCUACGAUAGGUUCGACGCAGAAGCUGCCGACCCCGAAAAUGCCACUGCGUCCCUCUGGGCCAAGGUGGAGGAUGUCGACUACUUCAAGAUAAUCUACAGGCUGGAAUGCAUGCGCAACAAUAAGCCGUUUGACAACGACAGCUACAACGAAGUCCUGGAACAGACCAUGCACAACGUUGAGCUUCAGCUAGAAAUGGAGCAGACGCAGGAGCGUAGCAAUUUCGACGAGGUGCCAACUUGGGGCAAGUUCAACUGGGAGUCUAAGAACAGGCAGUAUUCGCUCAGUGGGCUGGACGAUGAAACGGCGCUGCCUUCCGACAUAGACUUGGACAUCGCCGCCGCCGUUCAUGUGGCCGACCUGGCGGAUGACGAAUUCGACAACUCAGAUCUCAUAAACACGAGCACAAACGCAAUCGAAUUCGCCGAGGGGUAUUUGGGCGAGCAGAGCGGUGAACGCGAGACCAGCGAUGGCAACCACCGGCCGUACAACACGCGCAACCAGAACGACUUCGACAAACUCGUGAUGAACGUGCUCUCCAAGCAGCCGCGGGCGUCUCAAACUGUGUACAAUACUCGAGUGAACAAAACGCAGCGCAAUGCGUCAUCAGAGUCGCGUGUGAACACCAGGCAGAAGGCUGUCUCCAGGCGCUCCGCUCUGAACAGCAAGGAUGACGAGGAUUUUGUCACCGAGCUGCCUACAAGAUCAACCUCCGCACGAAAGAGGGAUGAAGAUUCUAGGAGGAGGAGAAGAAGGCGCAGUGAGCCUACGGUAUCAAAUGAGACGUACGUCAAGGUGCCGCCUUCGUCCAAGCCUGAGGUGCCGUCGGACGAAACGCACGCCAACAGGAACAUAAACGUCGUAUCUGCAAGUGUCUCCUACGACAAACGGCAGCAGAGGUUUAUGGCCCAGUGGAAGACGCGAGAGGGAACCAAACACUCGAAGUCUUUCUACGCAAAGAGGUAUGCGACGCCGCUGAUGGCUCGGAAGCAUGCUGAGCUCUACAAAAUGUACAUUCUGCAACAUAGAGGGAAGGUGGUGCAAGACGUGCCGGAACCCACCUACGAACAGCUUGCGGCGCAAAAUUUCCAGGCGCUGGACGACAUCAAUAUAUCCGACAUCGCCUUCUUGGACGAGCUCGACUGA